AAUGUGGAGAGUUUCUUGUUAUUUCUCUGAUUAUUACAAAUCGUAUUGAGCUAGAGGUGUGUUUAUUACGAUUGCUCUCCUCAUCAUUCACACCCCAUUUGAGUUUCACAUCGGUCAUCAAUGGAAGCCCUUGCUGAGAAUGUCAUUCGGCUACUGGGCUCUUUAGCUGCUAAAGAGCUUGACCUUCUUUGCAACUUCCAAGAUGAUUUGGAGACCAUGAAGAGGAAAGUCACUGGAAUUAAAGCCGUGCUUCGUGACGCUGAGAGAAAGGCCACGAAAAGUGAAGCGAUCAAUGAUUGGCUACAAAAGCUGAGAGGUAUGUUGCUUGAUGCCGAAGACUUGUUGGAUGCCUACUCUGCUGAGGAGCGAGCAAGGGAAGUGAUGACCAAAGAUAGAAUGGCGAAGGAGGUAUGCAUAUUCUUCUCCAAAUCAAACCGACUUGUUUGUGCUCAUAAGAUGGGUUGUAAGAUUGGGGCAAUUAGGAAGAAACUAGACGAGAUUUAUGAUGAGAAGAAUCCACUUCAAUUGCAUGAGAGCUCUUCGAGCACUUUGAAUGAGUCUUGUGAAUGGAGACGAACCGGCCCAGAUGUGAGCGAACAAGAUGUUGUCGGGAGAGACGAGGAAAGAAUGCAUCUUGUUAGUACCCUGUUAAGCUCUGAUGUUAAAAAUGAUGUCUCAGUGAUUCCCAUAGUUGGGAUCGGAGGAUUGGGGAAGACGACACUUGCUCAACAAGUGUAUAAUGAUGUGGCUGAUAAAAAUCAUUUUGAGCCUAUGAUGUGGGUUUGCGUGUCUGAUGAAUCCCAUCAACUUUCCAAUAACACGUUCGCUCAAAAGAUCAUUAAGAAGGAAACAUCUGAUGGUGCCCUCGAACUAUUAAGACAUAAAAUUAAGGAGAAACGUUUUCUACUCGUGUUAGAUGAUGUUUGGAAUAUUAAGAAUCGUGGGGAAUGGCUUAAAUUAGAAAACUUGUUCAAAGAUGGAAGAAAAGGAAGUAUGAUCAUUGUCACUACACGGAGUACGGAAGUGGCGGACACAAUGGGCACAAAUCCACCUCUUUCCUUAAAGGAUUUGGAUGAAGAUAAGUCCUGGGAGCUAUUUUGUAGAGUGGCUUUUCGAGACGGAAAAGAACCUGCUGAUCACAAGUUGGUAAGGAUUGGAAAGGAUAUCGUGAGAAAAUGUCAUGGAGUUCCGCUUGCAAUAAGAACCAUUGCCAGCUUAUUGUUUAACAAAGCUACCUUAAAAGUGAGUGAGUGGUCAUCUUUUAGGGACAGUGAACUUGCAAAUAUAGAUUAUGAGAAUAAUAAUAUUUUUUCUAUCCUUAAACUUAGUUAUGAUCAUCUUCCCUUCUAUUUGAAAAAUUGUUUUGCAUUUUGCUCUUUGUUCCCAAAAGAUUACGAGAUUGAGAGAGAAACACUAAUUCAACUAUGGAUAGCUGAGGGGUUCAUUCAACCCUUGGAUAAAAAUAGGCGCUUGGAAGAUGUUGGUGAUGAGUAUUUCAAGCAGUUGUUGUCGAGGUGCUUGUUUCAAGAUGCGAAGGAAAAUAAUUCUGGUGACAUAUGGUCGUGCAAGAUGCAUGAUCUCAUACAUGAUCUAGCACAAUCAGUCUCUAAAAAUGAGUGUUACAUUGUCACAAGUGAAAAAAUAGAAGAAGAGAAAUUUGGUGAUGGGAUUCGUCAUAUGUCAAGUCAUUUUCAUGGUGCCUGCAAGUUUUCACUUGGUAAUGCUAACACCAAAAGAAUGAGAACAAUUUUGUUCCUACAAGGACAUUUGGAUUUUAUCUUGAGUCAGUCUUCGGUAAGAGUUUUCAAUCUAAUUUGCGGGCCUACAACAUCACUUCCAAAGCACUUACGUGUAUUGGUUCUUGUAGAUCAAGAGUUGAAAAUUUCAGAGAGUAUCGGAGACUUGAAGCAUUUAAGAUAUCUUGAUUUAAGUAGGAAUCGUAAACUCAAGAAGCUCCCACAAGGAAUCACCAAGUUGUAUAACUUGUUGAUCCUAAAACUUAAUAGUUGUUCAUCUUUGGCAUCACUUCCAAAGUCCAUUAAAAAUCUCACAUCAUUACAAUCUCUUGACCUCUCAGGCUGUAUUUCUUUGGCAUCACUUCCAGAGUCUAUCAGAUAUCUCACAUCAUUGCAAUCUCUUAAUGUCUCUCGCUGCAUUUCUUUGGCAUCACUUCCAGAGUCCAUCAGAAAUUUCACAUCAUUGCAGUCUUUUGACCUCUUUGGCUGCACUUCUUUGGCAUCACUUCCAUCCAGCUGCACUUCUUUAGCAUCACUUCCAGAGUCCAUCAGAAAUCUCACAUCAUUGCAGUCUCUUGACCUCUCUGACUGUACUUCUUUAGCAUCACUUUCAGAGUCCAUCGGAAAUCUCACAUCAUUGCAGUCUCUUUACCUCUUUCGCUGCACUUCUUUGGCAUCACUUCCGGAGUCCAUCGGAAAU